AUGCUCACCACCAUGAUUCCCGGCACCCUCAUGCUGCUUGCUGCUGCUCCAGUCGCUGUCGUCCAAGCCCAAAACAUCGUCCAGCAGCCGACCGUGUACAAGACUGUCACCGUCCCCGUCGACCUGGUCAAUUCUCCCAAUGCCCAGGCUGCCGUGACCACCGUCGCUCUUUCAACCGUCACUGUCUUUGGCAGCGAGCCCAACUCUGCCCUUGCAACGAUCGUGAUCUCGCAAGAUGCUGAGGAGAGCAGCACUGCUGCAAUUUCCAGCAGCGGCCUCACUUCCUCGGCUCCUUCUGCAUUUCCCUCUCUAACUGCGAACGGAACCUCUUUCGGAAACUUCACCAACACGACAUGGCCGCUAGACAAUUCCACCUCUGUCACCUUGAUCGACCCCACUGGCACAGAUGUGGGUGCCCAGGAAAGCAACACUGCUCAUGACGGCAAGCCUGUGGACACUACUGGAAAUGCCAAAAGUGCUGCAUCCUCCGAGACUCAUGGUCUCCUUGGUGGGGUUAUCAGAGGCAUUGUUGUUGCUUUCCUCGUUGCUUUGGCCCUUUGA